AUGACAUUCGAGGAGGGGUUUGAUAUGUUCUGUAAAGGUGUCAUACCAAACGGACCUUAUUGGGAUCAUGUUAACGGGUACUACAAAGUAAGUUUAGAACAGCCGACAAGGAUUCUGUUUUUGACAUAUGAGGACAUGAAAAUGGAUACUAGGAAUAAUGUGAAGCUUUUGGCAAAGUUCUUGGGCUGCUCUUUUUCAGAGGAGGAAGAGGGCAAAGGUGUGGUGGAAGAGGUUGUGAGCCUAUGUGGUUUUGAAAAUUUGAGUAAGGUUAAUAAGCAUGGGAGUUUAAGUAUUGGUAUACCUAAUCAUGCAUUCUUUAGGGAAGGGAAAGUUGGAGACUGGAGGAACCCAUCUCACAAUUGA